AUGGAGUCCCCGGUUCAGAUCAUCCGCGGAAAUCUGGGCCCCACCUGCUCCCCGAGCACCUGCCUGCUCCCCAACGGCAGCGGUGGGGUCCUGGGCUGGGGCGAGCCGGACAGCAACAGCAGCGCGAGCUCAGAGGACGCGCCACUGGAACCCGCACACAUCUCCCCCGCCAUCCCGGUGAUCAUCACGACGGUCUACUCGUUGGUGUUCGUCGUGGGCUUGGUGGGAAACUCCCUGGUCAUGUUCGUGAUCAUUCGAUACACUAAGAUGAAGACAGCGACCAACAUUUAUAUAUUUAACCUGGCUAUGGCAGAUGCUUUAGUUACUACCACCAUGCCCUUCCAGAGCACAGUCUAUCUGAUGAAUUCCUGGCCGUUUGGGGAUAUGCUGUGCAAGAUAGUCAUUUCCAUUGACUAUUACAACAUGUUUACCAGCAUAUUCACCUUGACUAUGAUGAGUGUGGACCGAUAUAUUGCUGUAUGUCACCCUAUCAAGGCACUGGACUUUCGCACACCUCUGAAGGCAAAGAUCAUCAAUAUCUGUAUUUGGCUCCUGUCUUCAUCCGUUGGAAUAUCCGCAAUUGUCCUUGGAGGAACCAAAGUCAGGGAAGACAUCGAUGUCAUUGAGUGCUCCUUGCAGUUCCCAGAUGACGAUUACUCCUGGUGGGACCUCUUCAUGAAAAUCUGUGUCUUUGUAUUUGCCUUUGUGAUCCCCGUCAUCAUCAUCAUCAUCUGCUACACCCUGAUGAUCCUGCGCUUAAAGAGCGUCCGACUCCUUUCUGGCUCCCGAGAGAAAGAUCGCAAUCUCCGUCGAAUCACCAGGCUUGUCUUGGUGGUGGUGGCAGUCUUUAUCGUCUGCUGGACUCCCAUUCACAUUUUCAUCCUCGUGGAGGCUCUGGGGAGCACCUCCCACAGCACCGCUGCCCUCUCCAGCUAUUACUUCUGCAUCGCCUUAGGUUACACCAACAGCAGCCUGAACCCCAUUCUCUAUGCUUUUCUGGAUGAAAAUUUCAAGAGGUGUUUCAGGGACUUCUGCUUUCCCAUUAAGAUGAGGAUGGAGCGUCAGGGCACUAGUAGAGUCAGAAAUACAAUUCAGGAUCCCGCUUACCUGAGGGAUGUUGAUGGGAUAAAUAAACCAGUAUGA